AUGUCAAUUGCCGCGGCCGUCACCGGAGCCGCCACCGCGGCGGUGCACGCGCCCGUGCACCACGCGCCGCACCACGCCUCCCCGCAGCGCACGGCGCCGCGCCGCGAGCAGUCGCCGCUCAACCCGAGCUCGCAGGCGCUGCGCGCCGCCGGGUCCGGGGCCUCGCCCGCCGCGGACGGCGUGAGGGCGCACAUCGCCAACCUUGACCGCGUGCUCGGGAAGCCGCCGAGGACGCCGAGCCAGGCGGGGCCGCCCAGCAGCAAGCAGGAGCAGGAGAGCGAGCAGGAGCCGCUCAACAUCCGGCACGGCCUGCUCAACGCGCUCAACCUCUCCUUCUUCGUGCCCAUGCCCGGCAUGCGGGCGCGCAUGGCCGCGGACGAGCACAUGUCGCCGCGCAGCCUCAUGCACAUGCAGCAGCUCCUCUCGGCCGACUCCCCGCGCGCCUCCCCGCGGAGCACCAUCGGGCCCCGGUGGCGCGCCCUCCACGGGGAGGGUGGGUGGGCAGGUCUCCUCGACCCGCUCGACUCCGACCUCCGCCGCGAGCUCCUCCGCUACGGCGACUUCGUGCAGGCGGCCUACCAGGCCUUCCACUCGCUGCCCACCGCGGCGGCGAGGCACCGGGGCCUCAUGCUCCCGGACCGCUCCUACCGCCCCACGCGCAGCCUCUUCGCCACCUCCGCGCUGUCCAUGCCGCCGUGGGCCAAGCGCCCCAACACCCCCGAGUGGCUCACGCAGCAGUCCAACUGGAUCGGCUACGUCGCCGUGUGCGAGUCCGAGCGGGAGGUCGCCCGCAUGGGCCGCCGCGACAUCGCCAUCGUGCUGCGCGGGACGGCCACCUGCCUCGAGUGGGCCGAGAACCUGCGCGCCUCACUCGUGCCCCUCGACGGCGAGCCCGGCGAGGGCAAGCAAGCCGGACCGGAGGACCCCAAGGUGGCCCGCGGGUUCCGGAGCCUCUACAAGACGGCCGGGGAAAAGGUGAAGAGCCUCUCGGAGGACGUGAUGGACGAGGUGAGACGCCUCAUGGAGAAGUACAAGGGCGAGGAGCUGAGCAUCACGAUCGUCGGGCACAGCCUCGGCGGCGCGCUGGCGCUCCUGGUGGCCGACGAGAUCGCCACGACCGUCCCCGACGCGCCGCCGGUCGCCGUGGUCUCCUUCGGCGGCCCGAAGGUGGGCAACGCCGCGUUCGUGGACAAGCUGAAGCAGAGCGGCAAGGUCAACGUCCUCCGCAUCGUCAACGCCGGCGACAUGGUGACCAAGGUGCCCGGCGUGGCGCCGCGGCUGCCGCUGAGCAAGGAGCAGUACCAGCACGUGGGCGCGGAGCUGCGCAUCGACAGCAAGAACUCGCCGUGCCUGCGCCCCGACGUGGGCCCGGCGAGCCGGCACGACCUGGAGGCGUACCUGCACCUCAUCGACGGGUUCACCGCGACGGGGCACCCGUUCCGGUACGACGCGCGGCGCAGCGUGAUACGCCUGCUGCAGCUGCAGAAGGGGAACGUGAAGAAGGAGUACGUGAACCGCGCCCGGGAGCUCGGCGUCGACCCCGCCGCGCCGGCGGACGUCGGCCGGAGCAUGGCGUACGGCAACUGCCCCGUCGCGAGCCCGUCAUGA